UUUUCCCUACUUCCAACACAUCAACUUUGAGAACUGACUGUUCACUUGCUGCCUAAUAUAUCCCACCACUUGACAGGUGCCAGUGUAACAAGAUAAUCAAUGCUAUUCACUUCACCUGUCAGUGGUUUUUAAUGUACUGGUUGGCAAAACGCUGUGGUAUAUGAGGUACAAAACACUGUGGUGUGGAAACUAAUCCACUUCUCGGGGUCGGGUCACAUCACACCAACCCCUUGUUCAUUUUUUUCCUCUAACAGCACUCCCUAGUAUGUGUUUCCCUCCUCAUUCGUUUUAACACCAGUAUGUGGCAGUAAUAACGCGCUGUGCAGUAAUAAGAAGAAAAAGAAGAAGUAGGUGAACAUUCUCAUUCGCUGUCUAUUGGCGCGGAAGUUGCUCCAGGAUAGUCCCUGUACUGUCAAUUAUUUUUAAAAAACUAUUUUCCCCGUAAACCCGGAUAACUUUUUCGUGCCCGUUGCUGUUUAUUCACGAAGCCGUAUGCAGCAUUAGAUACGGUGACUCAGUGUACUGUAAUGCAUUGUGUUAUAGACUGCGGGCGAGUCGUUAGCUGUGCUUUGUUUUUUUUUCUUUUUUGUUGUUGUUUUUUAGCUAGCUUUAACUUUGCUAGCCUUUAGCUUGGGGCUAGCUAACUGUAUAUACAGUAAUUGCUAAUUAGCUUAGCGUACUGCAGGAAAGCAGAUGUUUUGGCAUUCCCCCAAGUGUAUACCGAGGUCUGUUUCCUUUAGAGAAAGUUUCUUGAUUUUAUUUCGGUGAAUGUGACUUUGUUGUAAGCAGUUAAGGAAACAGCUUGUUAGCUAACUUGUGGUGUUUAGGUUGCUGCAAAAAGUUGACAUUCCUGUUCGUGAACUGUUCAGCACACCUGUUUCAGUGUAACAUUUACCUAACGGAGGGGUUAUUUUCUAAUAUUAGAAGUGGACUAGUGAAUAAAAAAACACGCACCAUGCUCGGGGGAUAUGGCAUGAAAGCGCAAGACAAGCUGGCCCUGAAGAAGAACUCGGUGGCACUUUGUAAAGAACUGGUGGUGGAUGAGCUGCUCAUUCAGUAUUUACAGGCUGAAGACAUCCUCACUGAGAGCAUGGCAGAAACCAUUCUGGCAGAGACAACAUCCCAAAAGAAGAGCUGCCGUUUGCUGAUGCUACUCCCGAAACGUGGCCCCCGAGCUUUCAGCACCUUUUGUGCAGCUCUUAAAGAGACAGAGCAGGAGCACCUCUCCAACUUGCUUAUUAGGUUCAGAGACAAAGAGAGGUUUACAGACUCUAAACUUCCACUUCCAACGGAGGAGUGUGCUGUACCUGCUAAAAGAGCUCGCACCCAGGAGUCUAUGGAGAUGUGCUUAGAUGCUGACAGUCCUCUGACCACCGCUGUGCUCCCCUGCACGCAGGAGUUCUACUUGUCUCACUGCGCACAGGCCUACCCAAUGAGAUCUAGUCCACGUGGCCUUGCACUGGUGCUGAGUAACGUGCACUUCGAGCCUGAGUUAGAGCUGGACACACGGAGAGGAGGAGAGGUAGAUGAGGAGGUGCUAAGGAGACUCUUUACUGAGCUGGACUUCACAGUGAGCCUGCAAAAAGAUCUCACUCUACAGGCCAUGCAGGCCUGCCUAGAGCAGUUUUCUCGGCAGCCGGAGCACGCUGUGUCUGACUGCUGUGUUGUGUGUUUGCUGUCUCAUGGAGUGGAGGGCUCCAUUUACGGCGUUGAUGGGAAGCUGCUGGAGUUGGACUGGGUGUUCGAGAGGUUUGAUAACGCUCGUUGCCCCCUGCUUCAAAACAAGCCAAAAAUGUUCUUCAUUCAGGCCUGUAGAGGAGAGGAGAUGGACUGUGGUGUGGAUCAGUUAGAUGGUGAUGAUGCGAUGCAGCCUACAGGCUGUGAGCAGAGGGAUGCAGGGAGAGAGGAGAACCUUGACAGACAGAACAGAGCAAGUGAAGAGAGCGAGAGCUUGCGAGUGAAACUUCCCCAGAGAUCCGACAUGAUCUACGGUUUUGCUACUCUCAAAGGUUUCAGUACUGCGGCAAUGAGGAACACAAAGAAAGGCUCAUGGUUCAUUCAGGAACUCAACACAGCUAUGAGACAGAGAGCCAGAGACACACACUUAUCAGAUAUACUGGUGCAGGUGAACAGCCAAAUUAAGGAGAGAGAAGGCCAUGCUCCAGGUUCAGCACACCAUCGCUGCAAAGAAAUGUCUGAAUUCACCAGUUCACUCUGCAAAGACCUCUACCUCUUUCCCAAGUACUGUGCAAACAACUAGACACACAGACAUACUUGCAGAUCUGUAAAAGGACCAUUCCAACCCUGCAAUAUUUAGGAUUCUGAAAUGCAGCAAUAAAUGGUAGCAGGCUCAUUCCAUAAAACACACACACACACACACACAGAACUCUGCUUUGUAAAUAGUAUUUGUUUCUUCUGGGCAAUGACAAUAACCCAUUCCGUUUUAUUUUUCACUUUAUAACCAGUUUAAACCAGAAACAAAGUGUUUUUACACAUAUUUUAUGUGUAUAUCUAUAUAUAAAAGGAAUGGUUUUGUAUGAAUCCAAGAACAUGAGUCCCUAAUCAUUUAUAAAAAUCGGUAAUUGUUAUAUAUCCAUGUAUUACAAAGCUUAAGCCAAUAUUUUGUACCUUUCUUAAAUUGUGGGUGUGUGUAUGUGCUUAUUGGGAUUAUUUGCUCUCAUAUACAGUAAUAACAAUUUACUUAAGUAUGGUAUAACCCUUUUUAACACUUUCAGAUCUAUUUUUGUUAGUUUUGUAGGAAAUAUAUGGACUCUGUACAGUUUUUAUCUUUUUAGCAAGUUUCAUUUGACUUUUUUGUUUUUAUUCAAUUUUUUUUUUUUUAAAGUUCUUGCUCAUAUGCUUUUGUGUCAGUUUUAGGCAGGACCAGUGCCACAGUGAUCAGCCUUCCUCAGUACCUUCACUUCAUCAAACUCUUUUUCCCAUUCUGUUUCAGUAAAUGUUUGAGUUAGUAAAUAAUGCACAGUUCUGCUCUACUGAUCUGCAGUAUUCCACACCACAAUGUUUUGUGGUGCAGGAUGUUCUGUUUGUACUAAUGUAGUCUUUCUUAUUCGCAUGGCACAGACCAAUGUUCUGUUGUAAAAACCUAGACUUGUUUAACGUUUAAAAGCUUUGGAGGCUGCAACAUGUGUAUUGACAUCAGCAUAGUCUUUGUAACAUUCUAUUAUAUUAUUAAUGUUUUAUUAAUCAGCUUACAUUCCACAUGUAAACUGAGUUAGGUUCCUUUCUAAUUUCUCUGUCACCAGAGGGCAGUAGAGGUCUAGAAGUAGCGCUUACAUCGACACUUUUGUCACUCAAACACCUGACUUAAGGCUGUAUUUCGGAAAGAUUGAAGACUUUAAUCGACCACUUUCCACUAUAGUCUCAAAGGCGUUUUAAAGAUUCUGAGUGUUUUAUGGUUAGUGCAGUAAUUGCCUCAGUGCAGAUUUCCCUCGUUCAGUUUAGUGCUGUGAAUAGUGAAGGAGAUAAGCAUUCCAAAGCCUCAGAUAAUGCAGCUUUAAUGCACACUUUAUUUUUGCACACUUUGGCAUUCCUAGUGAACCAAAUAACAUAUGUCUGCCUGUCAUGUGUUUUCCUGCAGGAGUCACGACUCUGUAACACAGUUUAACGUUUCAUUACAUCAUCUUUCACACAUCCGACUCUUUUACAUUAUCCCACAUGCAAGCUACUUUGGCAUGGCAGCAUAACUCAUAUAUGGUAUGAUAAUAUAUUAUUGAUUGAAUGAACAUUAUCACAGACAUGAAUAUUUUCCAUAUUCUGCCAAGCGAACUUGUUUUCUGGUGCCUAAAUAGUACUCUUUACACUGGAGAGGAAUGUUUAUAGGGAGACUUGUGUUGUGUUGUAGAUUCCAAGAGAUGCAAUGCUUAUUGAUAAUGUCUACCUUUUGUGUAGGAAGUGCAAAUAGGAAGUAUUUUAAUGUUACCCUCAAGUGUUAAAAACACAGAGAGAUAAAUCUCAGCAUUCCAGUUGAUGAGCUCAGAGCAGUAUUGAUUUCCUGCUUCUGGGAAUGCAGUUCUCAUGUUGAAUCUCAUGAUUCAAUUCCAACCUAGACCAAAUAGUAAUGUGCAGAUUGAUUUAUGUGUGUGAUGAUGACUGCUGAAUUAUUCUAAAAAAUGAACCCCAUUCUGAGAGUAUUAAUGUGUAAACUGUAUGAGAACAUCCAGUUUUUAAUUUUUUUUUGCUUUAAAA